GCCCUGUUGUUACCAUCUGUCAAAUUGAUACACGUUUUUAUAGGUUAAAAAAAUACUGGUUGUUAUAUUAAGUGAAUGAAAUACAACUUGAUUUCUUAAGCAUUAACUAAAAAUGGACAAAAGGCAGUCAAAUAAUCAAGUUGGGCGUAAAAGAAAGUCAAAAAGUUGUCGAAAAGAGAAGAAAUGGAAAUGUUCAAAUGCCACGAAAAGUCAUUUGUUCAAAGAAGCUACUUUUGAUUCAUCGAGUGAUGAAAACAACGUAUCUUGUGUUAAAUUAUCUGAUUCGUUUAAAUUUACUAUGAGUUUGGAUCUAAAACCAUCAAAAUCUGAAAUAGACGAAGCUAUUGAAAAUGAAUUAUUUAAUGCUGAAGCUCCGACUUUAAGUGAAUAUAGUUUUAAGACUGUAUCAGAUGAAGAGGAAGACGAAUUGCAUAAUUCGGUUGUUGACGAAUUUAAAGAUGAAAGUGUAUUAGAUGAAAGUUCAGUAAUUGUGUCGGUGGAUUCAAACCGUGUCGAAAAAAACGAAAAAAAACACAAAGUAUCGCAGCCAAGGCUUGAAAAUGAGUUCGGUAAAAACGUUCAAUAUUGUUACACAAGUGAUGGAAUUGUUGUUGUAUUGGACAAAAACGAAAUUGUGUACAUCCAUGGCCUUUGUUUACUUUCCGUUUUACAUGGCCAAGUUGAAAUUUUAGGGCACAUAAUGGAUAAAAACAGUGGAGAAGCGAAAAUCUAUUCACCUCGAGGCAGUGCACUUCUCUUUUUGAAAAAUGUAACCGAAUCAGAUGUGCCUGCACCUAAUUAUUUACUCAAUUUGAAAAUUUCAACGAUUAAAUUAACACAACAUUGUGCGGUAGUCCUUUGCAAACAGCUCAAUGAUUCAAAUAUUUCAUUUAUCGAGAAACACAUUUCUCAACAAAUUCUUCAAAGGUGUGACGAAAACGACCAUUUACCACGAAUUACGUUUCAUCCACAAGAAGGCAGUUGGAAUUUAAUUAAAACCGAUAAGAGUUGGGAGAAAAUUGUUGAUACAAUAACGCCGCAUACGAAAAUGAUGAUUUGUGGUGGAAAAGGAGUGGGAAAAACAACUUUUUUGCGUUAUGCAUUAAACAGGCUUUUAAUGAAAUUUAAAAAAAUCAGAGUGAUUGAUUUAGAUCCAGGCCAGGCCGAGUUCACUGUUCCAGGUUGUGUUUCAGUUAUUGAAAUUACGGAACCUGUUUUCGGAGUCAAUUACACGCAUUUGCAAAAAGCACAAAGGUCGAUUCUUUCAAAUAUAAAUAUUGCCUAUGAGCCUGACAAAUACAUCGCUAGUAUUAAGGAGUUGUUGUUAGAAAAACAUUUCGAGGAAAUUCCGACUCUAGUAAAUUACAUGGGCUAUACACAUGGCAUGGGACUUAAUAUACUUUCAGCCGUAAUCAUUCAUGUUCAACCAACAGAUAUUUUACAAAUCUCUAGUCGCGAUUCAAAGAAAAAUUAUAAGAGUGUUUUAGAAACGGAUAUUGUAGCGGAAAAAGCACAAUUGUUUGUUUCAAAUUUGAAAAAUCUUCAUUAUAAUUUACAUCAAAUUGAAUCAAAGUGUGAUGAAAAUGAUGGUUGGACUGCUGAACCAAGACAAUUAAGAGAAAUGACUAUCUUGGCUUAUAUACGCGAGAUGAUUAACUCUGAUUCAGUUUUUAAAACAAACGCUCCACUAUGCAGAAUAAGUUUAAAUGAUGUAAGCAUUACUGAUUUGAACGGAAAUGAAAUACCUCCAGCGGCUGUAAAUGCAUGUUUUGUUGCGUUAUGUAAACAAGUCGCUGAAAUGCCCAUUUUUGAAUGCCUGGGAUGGGGUAUUAUUCGAGGAGUGGACGUAAUUAACAAUUUUUUGGUGUUACUAACAUCAGAAAAAUUGCAAAUUUUGGAUAAAGUGAGCCAUUUAGUAAUGGGUGGAGGAGCUGCUUUACCUCCUUCAAUACACAUGACACCGGAUGAAGUGACUGGACCUAUACCUUAUGUAAUCGAAGGCGUUUUAAUGUCUUUCGGACAAAUACCAAAACGCUCCCGAAUUUCUGCUAAAAAAUAAAAAUCAAAUAAAACUUGG